AUGGCCGGCUCCGCUGGAGAUGAAAAUGGCGCGAACAAACGAAGGAGGCUGCAGGGGAGCUGCGACGCCUGUAGACGGAGGAAAAUUCGAUGCGACAGCGCAGAAAUGCCGAACAACAGGUGCACGAACUGCAUCACCGCUGGGAUAGCUUGCAUGCAUACGAGGGCGAAAGGAAACGAGGGAGGGUUGUCAGCCGACCGACUUAAGUCGGCACAGAGCUAUGUUGCUGGUGCUGUGUCCUCAGAGUACUCUCGACCAACAGACCUGACGACAUCCAACCAUAUGCUUGUGGAGGUCUGUCAUUACGCGCGCUACCUGGAAGAAAAGUUGGCGGAGGCCGAAACCAAGUUACGAAGCCAGCCCGACCCUAAAACACCGGACCCUCCUCCUCCCACGGGCAUGGUCGUCGAGUACCACAACCCGCUUGUUGCUGGUUGUGUCAGCGACGUCUUCGACCCUUAUACCGGCUACAAGAAGAACGACAGAGACUAUGGAACGUCUAGCACUUCAAAUUUCAUGAAGGCGGCCAUCAAGCAUAUCCACCACGGCCAAGUCUACAUCUUGGGGGUGCAACGAGCCGAGUUCUGGACCCCACCUUUAUGGGAAAGAUUCACCGUCAUGUAUCCACCGCUGGAGUUUCCCGACCCUGAUCUGCUCGAAACCCUGGUCCACAUCUACUUUGAACAAAUCAAUCCCAUCAUGGGCGUCCUUCAUCGCAUAUCGUUCGAAGGGUCACUCGAAUCCAAUCGGCAUUUGACAGAGCGGGCAUUUGGUGAGGUGGUUCUUGGUGUCUGUGCUGUCGCCAGCAAGUACAGCGACGACCCGCGUGUUUUCCUUGACGAGGCGCCGCGAGACUCGGAACACAGCGCGGGUUGGAAGUGGUUUGCACAGAUUCGGCCAAUGAGCGCGUCUCUUGACUCGACCAAGUCGUUGUUGCAACUACAAAGACUUAUACUUGGCGUCUUCUACUUCUGUGCCUCUUCAACGCCCGACGAAUGCUGGUUCCACGUUGGUGUCGGCCUUCGAUUUCUACAAGCAGUCGGAGGGCAACAUGAGGCGUGGUAUCACAAGACAAACCUGGAACCGGUUGAUGUCGAGCUCUACAAGCGCGCCUUCUGGACCCUCGUUCUUUGGGAGACGUUGAUGUCGACAUUCAAGGGCCGGGCUUCCACCAUCCGCACAUUCACUGCCCCACUUCCGAUAUCGCUCGACGAUGAGUACUGGAGCUUACCGUUGGCUGAAUCUGCAGCCCUUGAAGCACAGCAACAUAAUUUUCCGCUUGCCCAGCCAUCGAUUCAUGCGUUUUUCGCGCCGUAUUUUAGAUUGAUCGACCUUUAUACCAAAAUUCAAGCUCGAGUGUACCCGCUGGACCGGCACGAACCAAGCCACGACGAUAUAGUCGCUUUGGAUUCGGCGGUCAACGAAUGGAUUGACGGGAUUCCGGCCCAUUUGAGGUGGAAUCCCCAGCAAGAGAAUCAGGUGACGAUCUCGAGUCUGGCCACUUUGCGCACUUACUUUUCGCAGGUGUUUUUGGACCAGUCAGCUUUGCUAUAUGCAACCUACUACCACUGUCAAAUUCUGAUUCAUCGACCGUUUGUGGCUGGACCUGGCAAGCAGUCCACAGUUAACACUUCGUUCCCUUCGAUGGCCAUAUGCGCCAAUGCGGCCCGCUCGAUUGGCCAUGUGCUCGAGGUCCAAGCACGGAGAGGCAGAGGUGUCAUUUAUGCGCCAGCAAUGAUUAGCCUGCUUUUUGACGCCGCGAUCAUUCUGCUCAUCAACGUCUGGCGGCUGGGUGAUUCGGGCCGGUCCAGGACAGGAUCCGACGACGACUUUGAUCGAGCAACGGCGGAUGUGAGGAAUUGUUUGAAGGUGUUGCGGUUGUACGAGCGACGAUGGAGGAUUGCUGGUCGCUCGUGUGAUAUCAUCACCGCCAUGCUCAACUUCAGCAAGCACAAGUCGGCGAUGAAGAGGCCACGAGAAACGGAGGAAGAUGAAGAGCAGACGGCGAGCCCAGCACAAACUCUUCUUUCUGACUCUCAAACCGGGUCUACGAUCGACUCGCCGCGUACCGCGGAUGCGCAGUUGGAAGCACUGGAGCGGUCUCUUGCGGAAACGACCCACCUGUUUGCCCCAGCGAUAGCGCAACCUGCCAACCAAGAUGUGUCGCUGGACUUUGCCAAUACGCUCAUUGGUCGUAUGCCGAUCUACGCGACGGAGCUCGGUAGUCUUCCGGUUUACGCAUCAUUCGACAAGGGGAGCGAUAACGCCUCCUUCCCGUUCAUGGACAUGCACCGGCACAUGGUGGCGCCAGCGCUCUAUCAGCCACCGUCUCAUCUGGAAGCUCAAUUCGACGAGGUGCCGGGGAUGCUGCCCCCGGAGCUCGUUUACAUGGCGGAAGCUGCACUCAAUGAGCCGCUGGUGCCUGAGCCCGGUUGGCCGGUGCUGCCUCCAGACACAAGCGCUUUCGAUGUGCCAAUGAAUCCUUAUUGGGAGCAGUGGAGCUCGUAUCUCGACAAUGUUAGUGGGUUGGAAGAGGCGGCGUUUGGUUUAUGA